AUAUAUUUUAAAUUAUACCGUCACAGAACACCGUCCUCUGAAUCCUUCCUCGUAGAAGCCCCUUGUCCCUUAACUCCCCUCUUCCUCCUGCUCUGCUUCGGAAGCAUGACUAGCUCCUCGGCUUCCCCUCGCAAGGCACUGAGCAAAAUCGCUUGCAACCGCCUGCAGAAGGAGCUGGUUGAAUGGCAGGUCAACCCACCCGCAGGCUUCAAGCACAGAGUCACCGAUAAUCUUCAGAGGUGGAACAUUGAUGUCAUUGGCGCGGCUGGUACACUGUAUGCUAACGAGACCUACCAGCUUCAGGUUGAUUUUCCGGAGCAUUACCCCAUGGAGGCGCCGCAGGUUAUUUUUGUUCCUCCUGCGCCGCUGCAUCCUCACAUUUAUAGCAAUGGGCAUAUCUGUUUAGAUAUUUUGUAUGAUUCAUGGUCCCCAGCAAUGACUGUAAGCUCCAUCUGCAUCAGCAUUCUAUCCAUGUUAUCAAGUUCUACCGUUAAGCAACGCCCGGAAGACAACGAUCGCUAUGUCAAGAACUGCAAGAAUGGCAGAUCUCCGAAGGAGACAAGAUGGUGGUUUCAUGACGACAAAGUGUAAUAAUCCCUUUGGCUUUUCCCAUUACUAGUGUGAAUGAGGCAUCUCCUCCCCUUCUUUAAGGUUUGUAGCAUACUCCAUUUAUUCUUUUGGGUCAAGCGUUUGUGUGCUACUGCAUCAUUGCCAGCCUCUUUUAUUUGUAAAGAAAGCAAUAACUGUAUUGAUCAGAACUAUAUUAUAGUUAUCUAUAAAUCCAGUUAUCAGAAAUUCUGGGAACUUUGUUUUUUCA